AUGGGUUUGAAUUCAAGGGACAUUAAACUUCAUGUAUUCAAAGUUCUUCAUCUUUCAAUUGAAAAAAGCUAUGAUUUUAUGAAAAAGCAUCCAAGAAUUUCAGGUGCUAUGUUAGUUUUCUUCAUCAUGUAUAUAUUUCUUUCUUGUAUAUACAAUUUGUUGGUUUUCUUGUCUCCAUUUCUCGUGUUUACCGCAAUUUUGGUUACACUCUUUUGGAGUUCGGAGCAAACACAUAUCAAAUGUGUUGAGAAAAAAGAAAAGGAAAAAAAGGUUGAUGCAAAAAAUCUAUCUAAUGUUUACACGAAAGAUAGACGCGGAAUGCUUUAUAAGUAUCCAUCACAAAAUGCAACGAGUAGAAGAAGAAAUUUUACGGGAAAGAAAUUGGAUGUGUAUGGUGAUUUAGAACAAAAAGCUAAGAAUUUAUCAGCAGUGUUUCGAAACGAAUUCACUAAAAAGAACACAGAUAUUAGAUCAGGAAAAAUAUUUUUCGACAAAGAGAUGGACCCUUAUUUCGAUUCUAAGUUUACAUCAAGAAAAAUUGAUGUUCCUCUAAAACAAACAUUACAUGUUACUCAACCUUCAAUGGUUGAUCUUGUUACUUGUAACACAAGUUAUUAUGAUUGUCAAGAGACGAAUAUAGAAAAAACGGAAGAGGAGAAAAAGGCAAUAGAGGAUAGUAGUAUUGGUAACAAUAAAGGUGUAGAACUUAAAGAGGAUGAUAAAAAAAAGCUAAUGGAUCUUGGGAUUUGUGAGAUGGAAAGAAACAAAAGAUUAGAGAGUCUUAUUGCUAGAAGAAGGGCAAGAAAACAAUUGAAUUUGGAGAUUGAAAAUGGUUUAAUUGAUAUUGAAUCAAUCACACCAAAUCAAAUUUCACCAUUGCUUGUUGCAAGAAUGGACCCUUUUGAUUCUCUAAUAUAUUUUGAAGGUAUAGAAAUGCCAGGUUCUGCUCCGUCUACUUUGAGAAGUCCAUUUGAUAUUCCUUAUGAACCUUUCGAGGAGAAACCAAAUCUCAAAGGGGAUAUUUUGGAUCAUGAAUUCACAACCAACACGCCGUUAGAACCUAAAUAUGACCUUCUACAACUUAAAGAGCAUAGACUACCAAGUUCAAGAGUUAGAAGGCUUUCAGGUUUGGCAAAUCAUGAUGGUCUGGAAAAGUUAAACUCCUUAGAAGGAUGUGAAAGUAAAUUACAAGCUCCCAAUCCGUCAAAUGAAGGAGAGGAAACCACACACGAUGACAAAGGAAAAUGCAAACUCGAUAUUGUUGGCAUGCAAAGUGAGGAAGAAAACAAAAAUGAUCCAACAAUAACAAAUAUCGAAGAAGUUAUAGAUUUAACUUCUAAUCCUCAAGACGAGUUUCUUGAUUUUCCGUUAUCUAGUACUAAUGUUACUAAUUUAAAUGAUUCUUUGUAUGAAUCUCUUGCAACUCCUGUCUUUAAGAGCAAUGAAAACGUGUUAUUUACAACUGGACUAAUUCGUCAUGCACAUUCAUGUUCCUUAGCUUCUGAUUUACAAGUUGAGUUUUCUGAAAUUGGUUCGCCAACACUCACAGUCGAUGAUAGUCAUGAAGAUAUGUGGGGUGCAAAUGAAAGUUGUGAUCUUGAUGUUUUAGAGCCAAACAAUUGGAGGGAAGUUGGUUCUUCGUCCUUUUCCUUACGAUAUAUUGAUGAAGAAAAUGGAGGUGAAUUGAAUUUUAGGUCUCUGAGAUCUGACAUGCGUGAUGAUACUCCAACUUAUACAAUGUGUAGGGAUCAUAACAUCUUUGGUAAUGCGAGACAAAUGGGUGUAUCACAAUAUUCUUCGAAUGUGUUAGCGCGUUGGAAGCGGUUGAUGAGGUUGAUGGAUACUCGUGUUAAUCAGUCACCACAUGAAAUGCUUUCAGAAGAACAAGAGGAAUUUAACCAGAUAGAUAACUUACUAAACAAGCAACAAAUCAGCAAUGAAGUUAAUGACUCAGAAGCCACUAAUCAAGACAAUACAAAUGACUUAAGGAGCAAUGAAGAGGCUGGUGCAUCGGUUACGCGACAAGAAGCACCCGAUGAAAUCUCAACUAUCACAAAUUCAUCAUCGUCGUCAUCAUCACCAACGUCUGUAUUUCCUAUACCACAUCCGACGACAGCAGAUCAAGAGAUACACACGGGUGUUCAACAAUCUAAUAUGGAGGAUGUGGCAUACGAAACAGUAAAUGGUGAUGGUUUACUUGAUUCAAUGCCUCAAAAUGUUCAACUUUCCGUGGACUAUUCAAAUGUCGAAUCACAUAAUAGUGACUUGGAUAAUUCUCAGGUGCAAUUUAUUUCUCCAAUGGUAGAAUCAUCCUCAGAAAUUCACAUAGAGAAUGAAGGAAAAUCUCAGGAAUCAUUGACAGAAGAGGCUAGCAUGAAACCGUUUAUCAAUUUUGAAACAAUAGACACAAAUUUUGGUAAAGAUUUUGAAGAAAAACGUGAUGGCUUAAAUGAAAAUGAAACCGAAAAUCAUAGCUCGAAAGAAGAGAACUAUUUGCAAAGUGAGUCAAAUCAAAUAGUUAACAAUCAUGUAGAGAAUGAACCAUUGGACAAAGAUGAAGACAUCUGUGAAGAUUCAUCACUACCAAUUUUCAUUGACGGAGCCAUUAACGAUGAUGAUACAUUAGGAGAAAAUGAGAAUACGAACAAGAACGAAACCACUGAUCAAGAAUUGGAAAGAGAUAAUCAAAUCAUGGUUUUAUCUCAAACAAAUAGAGAAACUGAUUAG